ACAGUUUCUAAUCAACAAUCAUUACAUGAUUUUAUAAAUAAAAAAACACCAUUACCUAUUUCAAAACAAGAUAAAAUCACAAAUCGUUGCACUGUGCAUAUGAUACAACUCGCAUUAGGAGACAGAUUUGAUGUUGAAGAAGUCAGUAAUUUAAUUAAUAAAGCGAAAACAUUAAAUAGUUAUAUCAAUGGUAAAGAUAAAUACUGUGAAAAACUCUGUCAAUUGCAAGCUGAAUUAAAUCCACAGCAUCAACUCUCUUGUCAUUUAAGAGAUUUUUACCCAAAAGCUACUUCACAAGUAGUAAAGGCUUGCUGUAGUAAAAUCAAUCAAUCGAUGCUAUCAAGGUGGUUUGAACCAUCAUAUCAUAGUCUAAUAGCUGCCUUUUUAGAUCCGAGGUUCAAAAAAAUGAAUUACAUAACACCUAUUAAAAAGAGAGAAACUAUUGCUCACCUUUAUACUUUAUUUGAUACACAAGAACGACCAAGUUCUAUUCAAGAACCCCAAACUUCAAAUACUGGUCUCUCUUCUUUUUUUGCUUCUUUUUAUGAUGACGAUUAUGUUGCUCCAAAUGAAACUAAAAAUAUAUCAUCAGUUGAGAAAGAAGUAACACUUUAUGAUAAUUUACCUAAAAUUCCUAAAUAUCAUAUAACAGAUGAAGAAUAUCAGAAUAAAUCUCCUGUAUGGAAAAGUUUUGAAGCGUUAGAAAAUGAACCAAAAGCCAAAUAUAAAUAUUGUAAAAAGGUACUUAGUCACAAAAAAGGAUAUGGAACUUCCCAUCUUCGACGGCAUCUUAAGUCUUGCUUAAAGUACCAAAGCUCUGUUUCUAAUGGGGCUG